GGUGAAGAGUGUCAGAACAGACACGACUCGGGAAAUCCGAGUAAAAUUUAUAUUUAAGCUUUUGUGGUCUGCAUAUGACGCUAAUUCAUGUCAUGGGCACGGACGCGCCUAAGCCGCGUUCUUUCAAUGAACUCCAACAAAAGAUCAUUAAGGACAACUUUGCUUCUUCUACCAACUGUUGUAUUACGAGUGUGUCUAGUAGAAACACCCAAAUACUUACGAUUUGCUAAUUCUGGGUUCGGAGGAUAUUCAAAAUGCCUACCAUGUGGUUAUCAGAUUCUCAAAAGAUUGGGGUAGCUUUUUGUUCGGGUGGCGGGUUCUUCCUGAUCGGAGGCGUUAUGAUGUUUUUUGAUAGAGCUAUGCUCGCGAUGGGAAAUAUUCUCUUUUUGAUCGGCUUGACUGUUAUAAUUGGACCGCAAAAAACAUUGGCGUUCUUUGCGCGGAGACAAAAGCUUAAGGGGACCGGAGCCUUUUUCGCUGGACUUGCACUCAUCCUUAUGAGGUGGCCAUUUACCGGGUUUCUGGUGGAAUUAUACGGCAUAUUCAUCUUGUUUGGCGAUUUCCUAGGGACUAUAGCUGGCUUUGCAAGGAACAUACCAAUCAUUGGCCCAUAUAUUGGAGCCAUGGUUGAUAGGAGCGGGGUUGCGAUGAGGGGAGCAGAGUUACCUGUUUGAGAAAGAGGACAGGCAGAUACCCAUGAAAUCUCACAAGAACUACGAAGGAACACGGAACAUGAAUACGAUAUUAUGGGAUGUGAUAAGCUGAGCUUAAACGCCGCUAUGUUCUAGUCUUUCACGACAAUUUAGAUUGUAAAUGAAAAGGGGGCACCAAACUGGCUCACAUUUGGGCUUCUAAUGAGGUAUAGACUAGAUGGUAAACAAUAAAGUAGAGCA